GUCAGGCAAACACAGAGUUGGUUUUCUGACAUUUUUGAAAAUUUCUUCAGCUACGGUCAGAAUGGAGCUGGUGGUGCAGAGCGAAGUCAUUCUCUCAGUUUACAUAGUUUCCUUCCUGAUAGGCCUGCCAGCCAACCUCCUGGCUCUCUAUGCCUUCACUGUAAAGAUCCACUCCAAGCCACAUCCAACAAACAUCCUGCUACUCAAUCUGAUCGUCUCUGAUCUGCUCUUCUUGAUCAUCCUUCCUUUCAAGAUGCAUGAGGCGGCGUCGGGCAUGAUGUGGAAUCUACCCAACUUCCUGUGCUCCAUCACCUCCUUCAUCUUCUUUUCCACAAUCUACACCAGCUCUUUGUUGCUGAUGGCAGUGAGUGUAGUUCGAUACAUAGCUGUAGCUUUUCCAGUUACCUAUCAUCAGAUGCAGAAACCUGUGUAUGCGAUAGUGAUCAGCGCUAUUAUUUGGAUUAUCUCAGCAGCACACAGCAGCAUCACUUUCAUCGCCCAACACCACCCUUCCCUGUCCAGCAACAACACCAGUGUGUGUUAUGAGAACUUUACAGAGAAGCAGUUGAAGGUCCUCCUCCCAGUACGUUUGGAGUUUUUCUUUGUGCUCUGCCUUAUACCUCUCCUAAUUUGUAUUUACUGCUACUUGAGCUGCAUCUGGAUCCUGUACAGCCGCCCUAUGAUAUCCCGGAUGCAGAAGCAGAAGGCCAUCGGCAUGGCCUUGGGGACUCUUGCUGUGUUUCUCAUUUGUGUAUUGCCUUAUAAUGUCUCUCAUUUACUGGGAUUCUUCCAGGGUGAGAGCCCAAAAUGGAGGUACUACACCCUGCUGCUUAGCACCUUCAACACCUGUAUUGAUCCCAUAAUCUUCUACUUUUCCACCUCUGCCUUCCGCUGCACUGGUGAAAAGUCAGUUUUCAGGAACUGUAGAUUACCUGAUUCAGGAACACAUAAGCAAGGCACAAGCUCUAGCUAAGAGUAAAACAUGUUUUCAAGACU